AUGGCCCUCAAAACAAUCCCCCCCGAGGUCAGGAUGACCCCCCUGCAGGCCCUCAUCUGGCUCUCGUGCUGGGCCUGCUGGACCCUGGGCUCCAUGCAGUACUACGCGCUGCCCUUCACGCUCAGCAACGCCGCCACCGCGCUCAAAGUCGCCCAGACCAAGAUCUCCGAGGCCAACACCACCGCCAUGCUGUCGCGCUCGCUGGGCGCCGUCAUCUUCGGCGUCCUGGCCGACCAGUAUGGCCGGAAACUACCCCUGCUGGUCGAUCUGCUGCUUCUGGGCGUGUUUACGCUGUGCACGGGGUUUGUGCGCGACUACGGCCAGCUGGUUGGCUGUCGGUUUCUAUUCGGCAUCGCCUACGGCGGCACCUACGGCCUCGUCAUGGCCAUGGUCCUCGAGGCCGUUCCUCGCCGCACUCGAGGCGUCGUGGCCGGGUUCACGCAGCAGGGCUUUUCGGCAGGAUAUCUGUUCGCGUCGGGUCUGCAUCUCGCGAUGAAUACAUACGGCUGGAGAUCGCUGUACUGGCUGUGUGCCGGGCUCACCGUGCCGGUGCUCCUCCUCCGCACCGUCACGCCCUCCUACUCGGUCACCAGCCAGGCAGUCGAGAACGGCCAGGCCGACGCCAGGGCCGCAGUGGGCGGCAAUCUACCGUUUCUACACAAGCUGCGCUACGUCGUGCGCUACCAUCCCAAGGCGUUCGUCUACGCCUGCUGCCUGACGGCGUGCUUCAACACCAUGGGCCACGGCACCAUGGACCUAUAUCCGACGUUCCUGGUCACGCAGCGCAAGCUGGACAUCCGCCACGAGACCUGGGUUACGUGCAUCCUGCAGAUCGGCGGCAUCCUGGGCGGCAUCACCGGGGGAUUCCUAUCCCACCGGGUGGGAUUUUAUGCCAACUGGGUUGCUGCAGCCGCCGCGCUGCUGUGCGCCCCCUGGCUGCCGCUGUGGGUGCUGCCCACGCGCUGGAAUCUGCUCGCCCUGGGCGCCUUCUUCCUGCAGUUCUUCUAUGGCGCGGCCAUUGGCAACCUGGGCAAUCUGCUCCAGCAGCUGUGUCCGCAUCCAGGCAUGCGCGCUGCUUUUACGGGGGUAGCGUACAACAUUGGAAACGCUAUCUCGUCCAUCGCGCCAACGGUCGAGACGGCCCUGGGCGAGUGA